GACUUUUCUCAUCAAUGCGAGUCUUAUUUUCAUCGAGUUGGACAUGAAUUAACUUGAUACAUUGACUCUCAUAGUGUGUUAUGACAUGUCAUAGGACCUGAUAAGCUUUGAUUUCAUUCAUUGCUUGAUUGUUUGUCUUUGCCAUGCCCUCUCCUAAAAACACAAGUUAAGGCAUUCGCCGCAGAAGAAGAUGCGGGUGCGGCCAUUAACGUUAACAUUGAAUUGUUUAUCUCACUUUCACUCUCUCUCCGACCACCACCAACUCCUCCACCGACCCAUUUCCGAACUAAACUCCCUCAUCAACUCCUACGUUCGCCGAGCUCAACCCUUCUCCGCAUGGAACCUCUUCCGCUCUCUCCGUCGUUUACGUUCCGACAUCGAUGCUCACACAUUCACCCCUCUCUUACGUCCAUCUUCUCCAUCACUCGGUAAACAAUUCCACGCACAAAUGAUCAGAACCGGUGUAGAUUCCGGAACUGUUCCAAAAACCGCACUCCUUGAUAUGUAUUCAAGGCACGGCUCAUUGGAUGAUUCCCUUAAGGUGUUUGACGAAAUGCUUCACAGGGAUGUAGUUGCUUGGAAUGCUUUGUUGUCGUGCUUUUUGCGAUGCGGGCAACCUCACGAGGCGAUUGGUGUUCUAAGGGAAAUGGGGAGAGAGAAUGUUGAGCUUAGUGAGUUUACAUUGUGUUCUGUUUUGAAGUCGUGUGCUUCUUUGAAGGCUUUGGAACUUGGUAGACAGGUUCAUGGAUUGGUGGUUUCGUUGGGGCGUGAUUUGGUUGUUUUGAGUACUGCUCUCAUUGAUUUUUAUUGUAGUGUUGGGUGUGUUAAUCAUGCUUUGAAUGUGUUUUAUAGUUUGAAUGGUUGGAAAGAUGAUAUGAUGCAUAAUUCGUUGGUUUCUGGGUGUAUUAGAAAUGGGAGAUAUGGGGAGGCGUUUAAAGUUAUGAGCUUGGUGAAGCCCAAUGUUGUUGCAUUCACUAGUGUUCUGGUUAGUUGCUCUGAGAAAUUGGAUUUGGUUACAGGGAAACAAGUGCAUUGUGUUGCGGUUCGUAGGGGUUUUACUUUUGAUACCCAAUUAUGUAAUGUACUGUUGGACAUGUAUGCAAAAUGUGGGAAGAUUUCACUUGCCCGCUCAGUGUUUGAUGGAAUUCGUCGAAAGGAUGUGAUUUCAUGGACUUGUAUGAUUGAUGCAUAUGGAAGAAAUGGGUGUGGAAAGGAAGCUAUCGAGCUCUUUCAGAGUAUGAGGGAGGAUGGGAGUGAGGUGUUGCCGAAUUCUGUGACUUUUUUAUCUGUUUUAUCAGCUUGUGAUCAUUCUGGGAUGGUGGAGGAAGGAAAAAAAUGUUUCAAUAUGAUGAGAGAGAAAUAUGGCAUUGACCCAGAACCGGAACACUAUGCAUGCUUCAUAGAUGUCUUAGGCCGAGCCGGUAAUAUAGAAGAAGUAUGGUCUGCUUAUCAAAAUAUGAUUAAGCAGGGUACUAAACCUACUGCAGGAGUAUGGAUAGCGUUGUUGAAUGCUUGCAGUCUCAGUCAAGAUUUUGAAAGAGGCGAGUUUGCCGCAAAGCAUCUUUUGUUGUUGGAUCCCGACAAAGCUAGCAAUAUUGUGCUUGUAUCAAACUUUUAUGCAGCCAUUGGUAGGUGGGAUUGUGUUGAUGAACUGAGAAGCAUAAUGAGGACAAAAGGGUUGGUCAAGGAAGCUGGGAAUAGCUGGAUCGGCGAGGGCUUCAAUGGACAUGCCAGGUCACUAUCUACUUGAUUGUUCAGCUAUACACCUGGAAAGUGAGAGCCUCACUCCUGUUGGGGUGAUUUGAUUUCUAGUAGAGUCAACCUGGAACUGGUUACAUGAAAGAAAAGGAAGCAAGUCAACUGGCGGCGGUAUUACUCAAUGAAAUCAAAUCGGAACAACAACCACGGUUACUUCAGAAGAAUGCAAAGCAGAAUCGAAACAUAGAAAUAAAGCUCGGAAAGGAAGCUAACCGGUUGCGGCGAGCUCGACCGAUGAAUGCAGACAAGCGUUGCCUUCAAUUCUCUCCUUCUCUUUUCUGAAUGGUAGCCGCCAAUCCUCUCCAAAAACUAGGGUUUUUCAGCUCUUCCCCAAAAUGAACAGUGGCAUCUCUUUUAUAGUCAUAUUGCAAGAGUCUUUUGAAUUGGCCUCUGAGACCAAAGGGGUGUCGAACUUGGAAGUGCUUUUGGUGCUGCCAGUUUGUCUACCCUGUUUUGGUGCUUACUCUGAAAAAGGAAGGAGGUGGGGAAGUAUGAUGAGCUUGGUUUACCCAAAAAUGAUGAGGAUGGCUUACUAGUCCCAAGAAGCCGAAACCAAACAUACCACCAACCUGCAAGUCACCAGAACAAACACAAAUGGUCCUGCUUCCGUAGCUUACCCGCUGCCAUAGCUUUCCUGAUGCCAUAAUGUUCCUGCUGCCAUAACGGUACGACGUCGGCUAGAAUCAAGUGCAGCAGAUCAGCAAAGCAUGGUAGAACCCAACUCCUUAUCAUUGAGUAGCUCUUUGAGAUCACUUCAAGAUGUUUCUAAGACGACCAAUGUUGCAGAAGUCUCAGCUUCAGAACCUCAUGUGCGAUCAACUGAGUUAAGGCAACAUGUUAAUUUUCCAAACUAUUUCCAUCCUUACGAGCGGUAUACUCCUUUGCUAGCAUCAACAAUGUAUGCAGCGGUUCUUGGUUCCACAUGGAAACUUAUCACUGCAUGUUAGAGCCAUGUCCAUUGCAAUCAUCCAUUUCUCUUGGACUCACGGUGAUGAAUGAAUCAGGAUCCAAAUUACAACGUUGUAUAAAAGCAUCAACGGUGGCUGAAUCUUGACCAUAAUUGCUGUUGUAAUUAUUGGCGUUGUCUAUUGUUGUGUCGGGCUCGCUCGAGGCACCUUUUGAAGGCCAUCCUGAUUCUGUUACCACUAUGGCAGUGAUAUUGGUGGCCGGAAACUUUUUAUGAAGUGAACUUUGAUUGUUUAGAAGUUUCCACAGGUGAAGGGGAAAACAAGCCUGAUACAAAGGGCAUUUGGAAGCAUUAAGAAGUGCCUGGUGUUCCGCAACAACAUAAUCUUUGUACUUGGCAAGGAAAAACUCGGUUUAAUAAAUGACAUCACAAGCAUAAUGGCGUACUGUGAAGUGACUAGACCAGCUGUGACAGCAAACUUUUCGCCAAAAUCAACUUCACACUUUUGCACCAAAGAAGGACUUUACACCUGCUGGAGAGUUUCCUGGUUUAGCAGUUGUUGUACCUCCGAAAUGGAGCCUUGCUUUCUUAUUACAGUAUAAUUAAGUGCGUCAUAAAAAAAACAAAAAAAAAAGCCUCUAAGUGCUGGCACAAUUGGAGAAACAUCGACGUCCGGUGAAAGGAAAUCAAGAACAUCGUAGUCACGAGCCAUAGCUUUGUAAUCUCGGUUAACCAAGUGAACAACAUGACCAAUUAUAGCAGAUCGCGCAUCUUCCGGUGUCUCACUCAUCAUUCCGAAGUCGAGAAAAGCAAGUCUCCCAUCAGGCGUUGCUAAAAGGUUCCCAGGAUGUGGAUCUGCAUGGAAAUAUCCAUACUCGAGUAAUUGUCUGAGGCUGCAUUGUCCAAUCAUAUGUGUGUUCUGCCGAGGAAAAGAGAUGGGAAACAAACAGUUUCUGCCACAACAUUCCAGCUUUUAUCUGCUAGAAGAGACACAAGUGUGACCGGUAGAUCAAUCAGUACUGUUUGUUGGUCAACAUUUAUAAAAGGCAUGUAUUUGCAGCAGGUAACAGAUAGCAGACCAAUAAACUGCAGUGCCGUAACUGGAACACAACUAAUUUCAAGAGCAUCAAUAAGCCGCUGUCUUUUAAAACCUAUCUCUGCGUGAUACAAAACAGCCACAACUUCCAAGAGAACAUCCCAGACUCCUUGUGAUUUGGAGCUCAAUAUGUGAGAUUUCAUUUUUCCUAGUUCAAUUAGAGGAGGAGAACCGGUUUUAACAAUCUUGAUUUUAGCAUGAACCUUCUUUUAGACUUCAAAAGAUUUGCAUGAACUCUGAACAAACUCCUCUUGUGAAACCUUCAGGAAAUCCAAUAGCCAACCCUGUGGAGCCUUCCCUAAGCAUCUUACAGCCUGUGAUAUGUGGCUCAAAAUGUCCAUAGAAACUUCAUUUAGGCACUCAUAGAGACCAUUCCAGCAUGAAAGGUGCAACAAGAAUUUUGUAGGUGUCAUACUCUUUCAAUUAUAUUUGCAGUAUAAACAAAAGUUUCAACUAGCUCUUCCUGAAACUUCAAAAAUAUUUUUCUUGUAUAAAGAUUAGCAGCCUGUUUCCAUUAGUGAAGGUGUCCUCAAAACUGGUGUUGUGCAAAUUGUCUCGAAGUCUGCUUAUAUUUCCUUUUCAAUCCAGCUCUCUAAAUCUUUUUCAUAUUGCUUAAAGAACAAUGGCAAUGUCAUCUGUUGGAUGACGUAACCAUCAAAAAAAGAAACACCAAGUCCUUGAUUAGGAGACAUUGCAGCAAAAAAUGAAUCACGACAAUAUGCUGGAACCUAUUGAGCACGGGCAAUAUGCAGGGACUGAAGCCGAUCAUUGCUUCUAAGCUCAUAUUUAUCAAGGAUAGAAUUCCAAGAUGAUUCAAACUCCUCGAUGGUUCCUGUCAGUUCAAUACAAUCAUAAAGUUCAACCUGAAAAUUUGGAUGCGAUAGACACACAUGGGCCAACUUUUCCUGGCCUUCUCUCAAGACAUGCCACUUGUUAAUACAGUGGCGAGUUUGUGGGAAAACUUGUGAAAUUGCUGCCUGUAUGGCCCUGUCUUGAUCAGUAAUUAUUGAGACAGGCUGUCGGUCACUCAUUGCUGUGAGAAAUGCCUUAAAGAGGCACAAAAAGGAAUGCACAACCAAACGAAACCAACUAACCAUGACUGUUUACUCCAGUAAAAGGAGCAAAUGGCAUUCUAUACUGGUUAGCUCUGCAUGUGGUAUCCAGAUGAACUGCAUCACCAAAAUGACCAUAAGCUGUCCUGGAUCAAUGUUGGUUGCAUACAACCUUUGCUUUUGUACAUGUCUUGGCAAAGUUGUGGUAAUAAAGACUAACACACUUGGGGUAAGUCCACUUUCACGACAGCAACAUGUUUUGCAGGAUUUUAAAAGAUCAAAUCUUGCUCACUCCAAAUGGUGUUAUGUCUGUUCCUUCCAAGGUUCAAAGAGGUAUACUUCCCCGUCUAUUGGAAGAAAUUUUAUCAACUAGAAUAAUGGUAAAACAAGCAAUGGAAAAGUUGUCUCCUUCAGAACAAGUCCUUCAACGAAUAUUUAAUGCAAGACAGCUUGCUCUGAAGCUCACAUCAAAUGUAACAUAUGGUUACACAGCUGCUGGAUUUACCGGUCGCAUGCCUUGUGCAGAACUUGCAGACAGCAUCGUUCAACAUAGACGUUGUACCCUGGAAAAGGCUAUAUCAUUAACAGUUUUCUAUUCAAGUUCUUGAGCCGGUCAAUGCUAGCUGAGGAACAGGCUUCCUUUUUUAAUUUCGGCGGAGAUUCCAUAUUGCCAACUUAAGGAGAGCUGACUUUCACUAUAACAUUAUCAUCAAUGGCUAAAUCGGAUACCUCAUUGACUAAAUCUGUUUCAUGUUCACCGUCUGCUGAAGCUACGGGCGAUGCCUCUGGGGAGUUUUCUUCAGAAUUCUGCAGACUCCAGUACAUGAUGCUAGUAGAUAAAGUAAGUAUCAUCUUCUGGUUUACCUCUAUAAUGUUCUCAGGUAACAGGAAAAUGGAGCAUCCGAGUUUUCGGUAAAUACUUUUAUUUUGAUCGGUACUUAGACGACUUUCAGUGAUAUCAAAGGCACUACCAAGCUUUCGCUUCCGCCGAUGGUACAUUGUGAAAGCUAGAAUGCCUACUGCUGACACUGCUAUUGAUGAUGCUGAACUAUUUGCUCUAUGAAUGUCAAGAGCCAUUUUACAGAGUUUCUCUACUUCAUAAAAUUGCAAAUUUUGAACAUUAGCUUCAGCCAGAUACCGACAAGUUUUGCCAUGUCUAGGGUCUGUACCUCCUGUGUUCCUUUGCUUACUUUAAUGAUUCUCAGUGUCAAGCUACCAAGGAUGCUGGUGUUAUUGCUGGUUUUAAUAUCAUGCGAAUCAUCAAUGAGCCCACUGCUGUUAUUCUCGAAAACAAGCAAUGGAAAAGUUAUCUCCUUCAGAACAAGUCCUUCAACGAAUAUUUAAUGCAAGACAGCUUGCUCUGAAGCUCACAUCAAAUGUAACAUAUGGUUACACAGCUGCUGGAUUUACCGGUCGCAUGCCUUGUGCAGAACUUGCAGACAGCAUCGUUCAACAUAGACGUUGUACCCUGGAAAAGGCUAUAUCAUUAACAGUUUUCUAUUCAAGUUCUUGAGCCGGUCAAUGCUAGCUGAGGAACAGGCUUCCUUUUUUAAUGUCGGCGGAGAUUCCAUAUUGCCAACUUAAGGAGAGCUGACUUUCACUAUAACAUUAUCAUCAAUGGCUAAAUCGGAUACCUCAUUGACUAAAUCUGUUUCAUGUUCACCGUCUGCUGAAGCUACGGGCGAUGCCUCUGGGGAGUUUUCUUCAGAAUUCUGCAGACUCCAGUACAUGAUGCUAGUAGAUAAAGUAAGUAUCAUCUUCUGGUUUACCUCUAUAAUGUCCUCAGGUAACAGGAAAAUGGAGCAUCCGAGUUUUCGGUAAAUACUUUUAUUUUGAUCGGUACUUAGACGACUUUCAGUGAUAUCAAAGGCACUACCAAGCUUUCGCUUCCGCCGAUGGUACAUUGUGAAAGCUAGAAUGCCUACUGCUGACACUGCUAUUGAUGAUGCUGAACUAUUUGCUCUAUGAAUGUCAAGAGCCAUUUUACAGAGUUUCUCUACUUCAUAAAAUUGCAAAUUUUGAACAUUAGCUUCAGCCAGAUACCGACAAGUUUUGCCAUGUCUAGGGUCUGUACCUCCUGUGUUCCUUUGCUUACUUUAAUGAUUCUCAGUGUCAAGCUACCAAGGAUGCUGGUGUUAUUGCUGGUUUUAAUAUCAUGCGAAUCAUCAAUGAGCCCACUGCUGUUAUUCUCGAACUUAGAAAACGCUUUCAGCUUGACCACCUUUCUUGCAGCAUCGGCAGUGGAAAAAUCCAGAGAUAAAUCCUGAACUUCAGAAAGCUUUCCUUCAUUGAGAACUUUGAAAAGAGCGAAACCCGCCGGCGUUUCAAAUUGUACCAGCAUUUUAACAGAUUUUGAACAAACCUUUGUUGAGACUGGUUUUGCGGUGUGCGGAGAAAAUGAAACACGACGAGCCUUGCUGUACACAGUAAAGGCAGUCUCUUUUAAAAUAACAAACUCACUCACUGAUGGACUUGUGACUCUGAAAAGGGCAUCGACUGUAACUAUCUGCAAGACCAAUUUAGGAAUACUAAACCCAGAAAGCACAGGGAUAUUAGACCCUGAAGCUUCAUCAACAGUUGCCAAGCCACUCAAUGCCUUUACAACCUGAUUGUGCAAGCUAGAUCUUCUCUCUCUAUCUGACUGUUGGAUAACUGAUCCAAUGGCCACAGAUGAUUCAAUAACAGUUUGUAAAAUUGCAGAUGGAUCCGGAAAUGGGCACACCACAUAGAUUACCAAACAGGAAUUGCUGUUGUGACUGUCCAAUCACUGCAUUGGCUUUUGCUUCAUCUAUGAUAGCAUUAUUAUCAACAUUUAAUCCGACAAGUACUUCUGCUGCAUAGUAUGAGGUAUACUUGCAGCCUGAUAUCCUUGCCGUGCGGCAUCAGGAAGACUUUGAAUUACCACUGGAUUCUGUUUCAUGGGUGAGAAAAUUAAGGUUUGAUGGAAGAUUUGUUCCGUUAAAUGCAGCAAAUGAUACUGCAAAUGCUCGAGAUGGUAUAACCUCAACUCCCCAUUUAGAGCCUGUUGCUGCUUACUGUUUCCGCCAACAAUAUCAGAUGUUGCACAUGGCUGCUUUGCUUGUUAUCAUUACAAGAAGAAGCAGGAUCCUGGAGACAAUUGCAAAAUGCAUCUUCAUCCUUAGGAUAUGAUGUUGGUAGAGGAUGGUCAGGAAUGACACCAACCUUGUUGAUAUCCGUGUGUGCAGGUGUCUUGUUGGAACCGUACCAACAUUUAGAUUAACAGACCUACUUCCAAAUAGUACAGACGGAUGAACUCCAGUUGAAUAGUGUGCAUAAGGCAAAUCAGUUCCAAUUUCAAUCACCCUUUGAGUGUAAGCCUUUAUCCUGUUUUUGUGCUUCUUCUGAACUGACUUCAAUGAUCUUCUACUUUCAUAGGUACCAGGCAAAUAAUAAGUGCUGGUUUCUCCUUCAUCUUCAUCAUAUGCAACAUCUUCACACCCAAACUCUGCUCCAGUAUCAUAUAUGGAUGUUUCAACUUCUUCUUGAAUGCUACUACCAGUUUUCCCACACGGUAGAAAAUGAGAUUCAAUGGAUUUUCUGUAAGUUUCCAUGGCAGUGUGAGGAACUCUUGGACAUGAAUGAAAUGAUUGUAACAUGAA